AUGGCCGUCCGCUUCAGCAUCACCGUCUUCCUUGCCUCCAUUAUCCUGUUCGUGAGCGUCAUCGUUCUCGUCAAUGUCGCCAUCAUCAUCUGGGGCUUAGCUGCGUCUUCGUUCUCGUCAUUAUCAUCCCGGGUCAAGGCAUGGUGGCAUUCGCGACCGGUGCUCCUCUUCAGGCUCGGCGGCGUCACCACCCUGAGGCAGAAGCUGAACUACAACUGCACCAUGUGCCAGGACAGUAUGGAGGCCGGCGAGAAGGUCCGCACGCUAUCCUGCGACCACGUUUUCCACUACGGCGCCACCGUCAAGUGCCAGAACGACAUCGACGAAUGGUUUCUCACUGCGGAGGACAUGUCCUGCCCGAUCUGCCGCCAGGUUCCCCAUCCCGUGCUGCCGUGGAAGCGGCCACCGCCAUCGUCGCCAGCGCCGUCUUCACCGCAGACGUCAGACUCGGACUCGGAGGAGGUCUCGGAGGAGUUGCUGUUUCCGUCGCACUGGUUCGACGAAACACUACUGCAGGCGGACUCUGAGGCGGCGGAGUUGCUGUUUCCGUCGCACUGGUUCGACGAAACAUUACCAGAGGGGUCGCCAUCGCAGUAG